GCGGGCCUCGCGUCUUGACGCACGACGGGGGCGUGUCCGGGGAGCGCGCUGCGCGCUCUCGCUUGUUGUUCCCGCAGAGAGGGCAGAAGAUGGCGGCCGUGUCGAGCGGGGCUGCCGCCGCCGCCGGGAUCCAGCACCCGAACCUCGAGCGAGCGCAGCCCGCCGCCUCUAUCCGUCACUCGAACGCGAGCCGAGCCGCCGCGGGCGUCAGCCGCACGCCCCUCGCGCGCGUCGGCUACUAUGAGAUAGAGCGGACCAUCGGGAAGGGCAAUUUCGCCGUGGUGAAACUCGCCACGCACAUGAUCACCAAAGCGAAGGUGGCAAUUAAGAUCGUUGAUAAGACUCAGUUGGACGAUGAGAAUCUGAAGAAGAUUUUUCGGGAGGUUCAGAUCAUGAAGAUGCUGAAACACCCUCACAUCAUUCGUCUAUACCAGGUGAUGGAGACGGAGCGUAUGAUCUAUCUGGUGACCGAGUAUGCCAGCGGAGGAGAGAUCUUCGAUCAUCUCGUGGCUCAUGGACGGAUGGCAGAGAAAGACGCUCGGCGGAAGUUUAAGCAGAUCGUAGCAGCGGUUUAUUUCUGUCACUGUAGAAACAUCGUCCACAGAGACCUGAAGGCCGAGAACCUGCUGCUGGACCACAAUCUCAACAUCAAGAUCGCAGAUUUUGGCUUCAGUAAUCUGUUCUCGCGCGGGCAGCUGUUGAAGACGUGGUGUGGCAGUCCUCCUUACGCUGCACCUGAACUCUUUGAGGGGAAAGAGUAUGAUGGUCCCAAAGUGGACAUAUGGAGUUUGGGGGUGGUUCUGUAUGUUUUGGUGUGUGGAGCUUUACCCUUUGACGGGAGCACUUUACAGAACCUCCGGGCUCGAGUCCUCAGUGGAAAAUUCCGGAUCCCCUUCUUCAUGUCCACAGACUGUGAGUAUCUGAUCAGACACAUGUUGGUUCUGGAGCCCAGUCGACGUCUUUCAAUGGAGCAGAUCUGCAAGAACAAGUGGAUGAGACAAGGAGACCCAGACCCAGAGUUUGACCGAUUGAUAGAGGAGUGUGAGCAGGUGAAGGUGGAGCGAGAGACGGAGCUGAUCAAUGAACAGGUGUUACUGGCCAUGGCAGAGAUGGGCUUCGACCGCGAGCGCACUUUACAGUCUCUUCACGCAGACGAUUACGAUCACUACAGCGCCACCUACAGUCUGCUAUCUGAGAAACUGAAACGACACAAGAGUCUGCGUGUCACUCCGCCCACUCCACGGCCCCCCAUCUACCCACUCAACGCUGUACAGGAUCAGAGUAAUUCUGUCAGCAUGACGGUUCCUCAGGUGCAGCUCAUUAACCCUGAGAAUCAGAUUGUUGAGCCGGAUGGGACGAUGGCUCUGGACAGCGAUGAGGGAGAAGAACCCAGUCCAGAGGCCAUGGCCCGAUAUCUGUCCAUGAGACGCCACACUGUGGGUGUACCGGACCCCAGGGCUGAGAUGCAGGAGGAUCUACAGAAUUUGUCCCCCGGGUUUCCACGUGUGGCCCCUCAGCCGCCCUUCCCCCCGCUGGUGCCCAACAUGGCACAGAUGCAUCUGAUGCCCACCCCUAACCUACAGCCCACCCAGCAGCUGGAGUACAAGGAGCAGUGUCUCCUGCAGCCUCCGACUCUUCAGCUCUUGAAUGGGAUGGGUCCUCUGGGUCGCCGGGCGUCUGACGGUGGAGCUAACAUUCAGCUUCAUGCGCAGCAGCUGUUGAAGAGACCGCGUGGACAAUCUCCUCUGGUGGCCAGCCCGCAUCCCAUUCCUGUGGUGGCUCCAGUAGAUGAGGAGGGUUCUGAUGCUGAACCUGAUCCAGAAGCCGUGCAGAGGUAUUUGGCCAACAGUUCGAAGCGCCACAGCACACACGGCGCGGGUCCCUGCCACAUGGCCAGCGAGCUCUCAGCAGACUCACAGAGAGGCCGGCAGAGGGGCUGGACCCCCGAGCAGCACUGCCGGUCGUCCUACAAGGACUGUAACACACUUCACCUGCCGAUGGAGCGUUUCUCUCCUGUCAGACGCUUCUCUGAUGGAGCUGCCACCAUCCCGGCCUUCAAGACUCACCUAGAGAACAGCAGUCUCAUCAGACAGCUCAAACAGGAGUGUGAACAGCUUCAGAAGAUGUACGCAGCGCCGCAGGACGAGCGUCUGAUGGAACACACACAACAGCAGCAUAUCCUCUACCAGCAUGAGCAACAGAUACUGCACCAGCAAAUACAGGCCCUGUCUUUGGGACAUGGAGAAAACCAGCCCAGCAGUCACCUUACAUACCAGCUACAGAGGUUGCGUAUUCAGCCCUCCAGUCCCCCUCCCAACCAUCCCAACAAUCAUCUCUUCAGUCCAGCCAAUCCGAGUCCUCCGUCGGGGAACCAGGGGAUGAUGCAAGCGCACGGUGGUCCGUCUGCGGUGCAGUUUCAGCAUGGCCCCGCCCUCUACCAGUCUCCCAACGCCAGCCCUCCGCCCACCAGCCUCCCCCGCAUGGUCCAGCCACAGCCAGACUCCGCCCGCGUGAUGGCCCAGGCCCUCCCGCAACAGGUCACCAUUCAGGUGCAAGAGGUGGAGCUCGGGGGCGGAACCCAGCGGCAGGGUUUCCUAGCAACGCCGUGUCACAGAGUUCUGGGGAAACAGUUGAGUGCUGAUAACGCAGAAAGUCACAGUUGCAGUCUGAGUCGCUUCCACUGUUCCUCCGCAUACGAUCAGUUUAACCCGCACUUGUUCGGCGAGGGAGUGCACGGCGUGAUGGGAAUGGUGGGCACCUAUAACCCCUACCUGCACGGGCCGUCUCUGAAGGUGCCCGGGCUGGAGGGCUAUCAGGGCGGAGCCGGCGUGGGUUACGGCAGUCCGUCCGCCCUGCAGCAGGCUCUGCUCUCGCCGACGCCCCUGGAGUACAGGCCCGCCCAUCAGCACGUCACGCCCACGCUGCAGGGCCUCCUCUCGCCGCGGCACUCGCUCACGGGACACGCCGACCCCCGGCUGCCCCCGCAGGACCUGGCGGCGCUGCUGAAACGGCAGAGCCCGCGACCGGCCCCGCCCUCCACCGCCACUCCCACCCCGCAGGACUACGGAGAGAUGCUAAUGCUGCAUCAGCUGGGCCAGGGGGCCGAAAGCUUAGAGCACGCCCCUCCGCAAGCCCAGCCCACGCAGCACUAUCAUCACCUGCUUCAAAUCAGGACCUCCCCCGAAUGUCCCGCCCCGUCCCUCCCCCACUCCGAGAGCAUGGAAGAGGACGAGAUGCCGGGCUAUCACGAGGGCCUGCUGGCCAAAGCCGCCGCCCCCGGCGCAGAAGGACACGAGCUGUUGGCUCCGCCUUGUGGCAGCACGCCCCCAUACUCCUCCCCCGCUCACAGACACGCCUACACGUGCAGCGCUGCGAGAGAGUCGUGUGCUGACGCUGUUGUCGACUGCAGAGUGAUAGAAGACAAUCACAACGCUUACGGCUCACGAGCUGCGCAGGGCGAUGCGUACAGAGCACGAGGAUCAUUACAGCGACAUCACACCAUCCAGACCUGUGACGACGCUUACGAACAGGCAGAGAGUAUGUCUGGAAUGAGCUUAUUGGCUGGGAAGGCGCUAAGCUCCGCCCGCAUGUCAGACAUCCUCAGCCAAUCAUCUCUGAGCGGAAGCCAGCAGCUGCAGCAGCGUGGUGGCACGGCGUGUGACGUGGAGGGUGCGUGUUACCCGUCGUCCUGCACCAGUGACAUGCUGCUCAGCUACAAACCCCCCGACCUGCAGUACAGUGUGGAACAGGCCGGGGUCUAAACCAACACAGGGGUGUAUUUGCUGUAUAAAGGUCAUAUCCGUCUGCUGUGUUGUGCCGUCAUGCCAAAUCCUCUUCAUCUGUCUGUCGGGUGCUGUGGGUGUGGCCUGCAGGCAGGGGGCAGGGCACUCGGCCUCCUCCCGGCCAGCAUCACCUUGAAGUUCUCUUUGAUUGGACCCAGCGAGUGCCGCUCCGUCUGCUGCCGACCAAUAAUCAUCCACCACCCUAACACCCCCUCUUAUGGUUGCCAUAGCAGCGCACGAGGCAAACGCACACAGUCUUAUAUAAACACACACACACACACACACACACACACACAAACAAACAAACA